CAGGAUGCUGCAACCAAGAUUCUCAAUUAUUUGAGCUCACCUGCGGUAUUAAAAAUUAUUGAUGAGAAUUCAGUUUUAAAAAGAAAAAAAUCCAUCACAUGGGACAAGAUCUUUGAGAGUGUUCAAGUAUUUGUUGAGCGGGAGUUGACCUCUAUUGGUCAUUUGACAUCAACACUGGAAACACGGCAGAAGGUAAUGUAUGGAUUGGUAAUAUACCUCUAUUACUCAGUUUGUAUUUUUUGGCUUCUUGGCUGUUUUCUCGCUGAAGUUUUGUUUAAGGUAGCUGAACACAGUUUUGGAAGUUUGUGAUUAUACUUCUUUUGCCAAAUCAUGGCAAGAGAAAGUUGCAGCUCACAAGCUGAAAGUUAUAAACUGUUCAAAAAUAUACUGAUGAAAGACUGACAGGUGAAAUUUGAGCUUUCUGUAGUUUCCAUGACAGCAUGAACGACUGAAUACAAUCUUAAAAUUUUUACUUUUGCUCAGUUUACAUAAAAUUCGCUCAUUAGAUUUUCCUAUAAACUUACAUACAGCUUACUAUAAUAAAUACAGCUUACUAUAAUAAAUCAUUCCCAUUUGAAACUUAUUUGACCAAAAUAAUUUUAACAGACGGGUUUUUAGGUAAUCAAUAGUAAAAUUGUACUGUAAUCAUUUCCAACUCAGAAUUUCUUUCUGUGUUCUUCUUUCCACACAUAUCAUGUCAUUUAUUAUUCAUUGCUCAUACACUAUUUAUGUGACUGCACGAUACAGUUAAUAUUGUGUGUUGACUUGACAUAAUGUGACUGCGCGAUGCGGUAGUUAUGUCAGCGUGCAAUAAUUUAUUGACCUACUCACCACUGAGUUCUCAGUAGCUCAGUGAUUAGAGCAUGCGACUAGUGUAUGGAAGGUCGUGGGUUCAAAUUCCAUCUGGAACUCAGAAUUUUUUUCUGUGUUUUUCUCUCCACACAUAUCAUAUUUUCAUUUAUUAUUAUUAAAUGUGUCACAAAAGUUGUCUGUUCAACUUCCAUUUUAAAGUUCUCAUCAUUUAAAAAACGAUAAAAGCAAAAAUUCUGCCAAAUAUCACAAAAUUUUAAUGAGUAGCUUUUGAGAAAUCGUUGUCUCUGUACCAUUGCUUUUUUCGCUGCCAUGUUUGUUUGUCUUAUUUAAAACAUGCGCUGUCAUGCGAGUUACUGCUGACUGCUGCAAAACUGUGUUCAGCCACCUUAACAAUAUUGCAAACUUUUUGUAACUCAUUGUUAAAAAUGGUUUUCAGUGACUUCAGAUUGUUUUCUGAUAGAUAGAUAGAUUAUGAUAACAAUAAUUGCAGUGAUGGCCUGGAUAACAUAACAUGAUUUGAGUUGGAAGCUUAAAAUCUAGAAAUCAUGAAUUUAAAAUGUAAAAAAUAAAAAUAUGCAAUAUGAGACUAUUCACAUCAUUGCCUUAUUGACAUUGUAAUGGAUAAAACUAUUGCAUGUAUGGAUGGUGUGGGGGUAGAAGUAAAAUUGCGCUUUUUGUAUUUACGGUAUUCCAUUAAAUGCCGACGCUGCAUUUGAGAGCAGAAAAUGUUAAUAAACACCACCCUUGAAUAAAUGGCGCGUCAUGAUGCACCGUUUAUAACAAUAAUAGACUCGAAAACAAAAUGCAAUAAUGAUCAAGUUUGAGCAGCCUAAAAAAUUUAUUCUCUUUGAUUGUAACAAUGGUUUAAGAUCAGUACAUUCGAAGCUCAAAGGAAUAUAGUCAAAGUAAGAGCUACGCCAUACAACCAACACGUAACAUUGCAACGGCCUUUAUUAAUAUUUGUAAAAACGUUUAGGUGUUAUCUGAUACAACAUCAAAGUAGAAAAGAAAACUAACACUCCAAAGGUAAAACUAGACAAGACACUACGAUACUAUUAAACAAAAUACAAGGGCUGUCAUAAAACAUAACAAAAAAGAUGGGGCGGGUGGGAGGAAAAGGUUUGCUAAGCUGAUCCAACUGCCACAAGUAUGCUCUAAAGUACUCGCCUUGAGUGCAUAUGAGAACUCUACCUUGAGUUCCCCUACCAAUCUAUAUAUACGACUGCAUAUAUAGUGCUUUUACACUCAUGCUGUAGAUUUACAAUUUACUAGCCUCAAGUUAUUUUACUUGACAUAUGUGAAAACAAAUAGACAUGAAACCUAACACUGGUUCUAAAGUUGCCAGCUGUGCAAAAGGCUGCCUAAGUCCCUAGUCCUAGUUCAUGAUUUAGACAAACAUGAACCCGAAGGUGAUGCUUCCCAACAGUAUAUGAUUGUUUUCAUUUAACUUUUUCAACUUCUUCAACUUUAUUUGCACUGUUUUGAUGAAUUAAUCUUUUGCAUACAGAAUAUAUAAUUUUUGUACAGAAAUGUGCUAUUCAAGAAAAUCUAGAGAGGAUGUGCAGAGUGGCCAAAGGAGCCGGGGCUUUCGAGUUGGCUACUGUCAUGUUUGAAGUAUAAUAAAAAAAAGCCAAGAUAACCGACAAUGUUUUUCAGUUCAAAGUGAAAUUCAACUGUUCAGUUACCAUACUAUUGUUUGCAAGAAAUAAAUUGGAUUUUAAAUAAACGCCACCCUCUUAUAGACACCACCCUCAAAUAAACGCCGUGCUCGAAUAAUGAAAAAUUUAAUUAAUGCUGUGGGGUUUAAUCAAAUAAAUUCUGUACUCCUUAGUUAACUUUGCACUUGUUCUUUAGGGACUUGUCAGAAAUUAGCAGGGGGGAGGGGGGGAGGGGGGGUGGGAAUUUUAAAUUUGGGUUUGGAAAUGAGGUGACCCAUCGCUGCAAUGGGAGUGAAAUUUGCUAACCCUCCCCUUGACCUUGGCCUAAAAUAUCAUGACCCUCCCCCUCUUGUAUAAAUGAUAAAAUGUAGUUGUUGCAAUACAUUAGGGUGAGUCAGUAUUAUGCAAGCUCAAAAUAUAUUUCUAAUCUGUUCUUUGUAAUGCCAUAUACAUACAUUUUAGAUAACAGCAUUUAUAACAGUCCGACUCUGAUUCUGACAGCUGAUCACUCGACUCUCCUAUUUCUCCCAGGUUUUUUUUACAAAAUAAAGAACUUUUUUUUUCUUUUGUGGGUGAACCUCUACAUGAUCACGGACACAUAUUUGCAUGACCCUCCCCCUUUUAACGGCCCAUUUUUCAUAACCCCUCCCUUUUCUGCAGUCUCAAAAAGUUGUGACCCUCCCUCUGUUUCUACCCCCCCUCCCCCCCUGCUAAUUUCUGACAAGUCCCUAAGAAGGGAGUAGGCUAUACAGCUUUUGCGAGGGAUUGUAACAUAGGAAUUUAAAGCUUGUCACUUAAGAACUCACAGCCCUCCUGUAAGGCCCAGUAAUGGAUAAGCGGCUCAUUGCACGAACAAUCUGGAUAUCUUUGACAUCUUUCUAUAUCUGCUGAAAGAUCUACAUCUCUCUAGAUCUACUUCAGAAUAUAAUAAGUUUGACAGCAUUUGCAAACAAAUCUAUCGUGAAAAUAUUUCAAAAGCAGUAGAUUACGUUACUUACAGGUAUGAAAAGAAGUCUCUAGUUAACUGUAAGGAUCAUUCUUCAUUUGAUUUUCAUUUCUGCAGUUCUUAUAUGGUAUAUUUCAUAUACAUCUAUCACAGUCAGCUGACAGUUUUCCCAUUUUCAAUACAAAAGUGUUGACUGACAGUUGGCUGACAGUCAGUGAUUUGUCAGUCAACUGUUGGUCACUUGACAGUUGUCUCGGCAAUAUGUUAGUCCCUUUUUCAUAACAUGGAGAUCUUGGUUCAAGUUGUUUCAGCAUUUGCAAACAAGCUUUAUCUGUCAUGAAAAUAUUUAAAAAGUGCUGAAUUACAUUACUUCUUAAAGGAAAUCUCUAGUUUACUAGUUUAUGCAGUCAGUUAUUUUUGUAAUUGGGUCAGGCAAGUUUUUUGACGGCUUACUGACAUCCUCACCAAAUGAGGAGAGCUGCCGGUCGAUGAUCAAAUUUUCAUCUUGAGAGUUCAUAUUCAUUGAUGAAGGUAAACGACUAUCUGUUUUCUUUAACAAACUGGAGUUAGUUUUAAUCUGGUGGCCAGGGAAAAGGAAACUGGCAGUAACAAGCGGGUGUCCAUCAAGCAGGGUUUGGGUGUAUUGACAUUUAUCAAAAGUGGAAAAUUAAAAAUUUGAGCAUUUACCAUACAUCUACGCUGAUGUGUGAAUUGUUACUGACAGAUCUUACGUGUACUGUAUUGUUACCCUAUUCUUACUGGUAUUAAAUUUUCUCAAUUUUCAAUUUAAUACACACAAACAAAAGAUUGUGCAAAAUUUAGCGCGUGAAAUUUAAUACCAUUUUUGAAAACAAAACAAGAAUUUUAAAGAUGUUCUGAUUUGAACUGUGCACACUUGCUAAAGAUCUCAAGUUGCGUUUUAAGCACUGAACUGUAAUAUGAUAUAAAGUGCAUAGACAGCAUACACAGCAAGCAGUUAGGUUUUGUCUUGUUUAUAAAGUUGUAUAAUUGUAGGGCAGUUGUUAGUUUACAAUCAUGCUUUGAAAGAUAUAUGUUUUUUGGAUUUGUGACAAGUGCUCUCUUCUCAGGAUUUACAAAAACCACGACAAAAUUGCAAAAUUAAGCACAUGCAAAAUUUAAUAUUAGUAGUAAUUAGGUAACUGCAGUCUCAUGGUUAUUCCUCUUGCAGACGGUUGUUUCUUUUGUACGGACUUUUAUAAAGAAAGCAGAUGAUCGUAAGUUUUGUCCUUUUAUGUUUAUUAUUAACAGUGGUCUUGUAGAUUUGAGUAUAAAUGACCCUACACUGUCUUUUUACCCAUUUUUGCAUAAUGUAUUCUUGACUACAUCUAGGUUUUUAAAACUGAGAAUCAUAAAUAUCAGUGAGGUAGCUGAGGUGGUGUAAACAUUUAUUCUNAAGGUGGCUCUCACAAAUUGACGCAGAAGGAAAGCAUUUGCUGUAAAACGACUGGUGCUUUUUUUGUUAUCACAGUAAAGGCAUAUGAAAAAACAGAAUUUCGUUUGACACAGAAGAAAUAAAACCAAAAUUAUUUUAGCAAAUAGCAUUUGGGGUGUUCAGAGCCAAUGCACUGUCCCAUUAGACCCAGAACAAACAAAUUUAUAGACUGAUGUUUUAAGGUAUAAAAGGUAGAAAGGUAAAAUGACCAUACUUGCUGUCAAUAACUCAAGACCAUAAUUCAACUGGGAAACUAAAGGUGAAUGUUGUGCUCACUUCACUCUAUCUCUCCAUCAAUGUUUUGUGUUAAAGGUAUUUAACACUAGAUGUUGAAACAAGGAUGUGAUGUCACUGAAGUUUGAACUUUAGACCUCGUGCGGUGAAGGCCGUGGACUAAUCAAACUGUUCUCAUCCCUGUGUCGUCUACUUUAUGUUGGAACAGUAGAGUUCGAGUAGUCCCCAUUUUUCCUCAGGGAUACAAAUUUAGUAGAGUGAGUGAAACACGAGUGCAGGUGAAAAUCACCCCAUGCAAGAAAGGCGAGAUGCGCGUCUAAGAUGAUCCAUCUUUAUCGAACACAUGUUUUGCUUGCUCUUCUAUCCCUAAGGAAAAACAGGGACUACUCAUAGAUUAGUGGAACAGUAACUUGACGGAUGUUUUUCUUUUGGUCCUGUUUUAUAGAUUUAAUAGAUACCUUUGUAUCAUUUAUGGAAAAAAAGUCUCCUUGGUUGUCAAAAAAGAAACAGUUGUUAGCAAGCAUCAUUUAUUUGUCAGUGGAGAGUGCUUCUGCUUCAUGUACUCUUAAUGGAAGCAAGCUCUUUAAAUUUUUUGAAAACGUCUUCAAAGAGAUCCGGUAAGUUUUCUUUUAUUUUUAUAUGUUGCUAGGAAGGUGGUUAUUUUUUUUAUGGGGGAAGGGCUGGUGGGAUUCGAUGAGUAUAAGUACAGGGUUCAACAAAAUUAAUAUUUUCAAAAACUUUGUCCCUGAGCUACAUGUAGUAGUGGUAUUUGAGAACUAGUAGUUUCUAUUGGAAAGUGAGGUGGUGUGAGUAAAACUUGUGCAGAUUUAUUACAUCUCACAGAGUGUGAAUCAGUAGCAGUUUCUUUCUAUGGUGGCCUGUAAGGGAUAUUUUUUAUAAACAUUUUUAUCACCACUUUGAAAACAAGAUGUUGUGUUCAAACUAGAGAUUAAGGUGUAAAAGUGGUGAGCAGCGACAUUGAAAAUGCAGUGUCAUUUUCAAAAAGCAAAUUGUGAAAUUGAAACAGCCAUGUCAUGUUUGAAGUACAGAUUAGUGUGUUCAAAGUGGUAAGUUGUUCAAAGUAGAGACUUACGUGUACAACGAGGUGAAUUGCGACUUUUAAAAUGCGAUGUCAUGUUUAAAGUAACAAAGCGGGACUUUCAAAGCAUGGACCUGGGGUCCAUGGACCUAUCAUUUGGGACUGACGGGUGCAUGGAUCUCCUAUAUACACCAGGUCUAUUGACUCUCUGUAACGGAUUGGGUCCAUUGACACUUAAGAAGAAGGUUUUGGCUGAUUGUUGGUGGUGUUCUUUGAUCACUGAUAUUUACUCCUGCAGGGAAGUCCGCAAAUUUUGCAAAAAUCGUGAAAGUAAAAAUCAUGUAAAUCAAUUUCAUGUUAUCUAACAACAAAUAUUGCAAAAAUAGCAAAUUUAACAAAAGUUCAUUCGUAUAAAGAAGAAGGUAAAGAAGGCUCUUGAGAAGUUCGCAAAUUUUGCAAGAACCACAAAAGUGAAAAAAGACCGGGUAACAAAUAUCACAAGACUAGCAAGAACCACAGAUUUAACAAAACUUUAGGCUUAAGAAAGGAAAGAAAGGCCUUGAGAGGUCUGGAAAUUUUGCAAUAAUUGCAAAAGUAACAAGAAAUUUUCUUGUUUUUGAAAAAAAAUAUGGUAACAAGUGUUGCAAGGAUAGCAGUAAUCACAAAUUUAACAACACUUUGAACUUUUUGAACUUUGAACUUUAAAAAAAGAUAGGCAAAGAAGGGCCUUGCAAAAGUCUGCAAAUUUCGCAAAAAUCCCAAGAGUAACGAAUAUUUCUUGUUAUCCAAAAAGGCAGGGUAACAAAUAUCACAAGAAUAGCCAGAAUCACAAAUUUAACAAAACUGUAGUGUUAUAAAUAAAGGCAAAGAAGGACCUAAAGAAGUCUAGAAAUUUUGCAAAGUGAUAAGUUUUUCUUGUUAUAAAAAAAAAUUGGAUAACAAAUAUUGCAAGAAUAGCAAGAAUAACAAAUAAUUUAACAAAAGUUCAGUCUUGUAAAGAAGUUAGGCAAAGAAGGCUAUUGGAAAGUCUGCAAAUUUCAUCAAAAAUUGCAAAAGUAAUAAGAACUUUUCUUGUUAUCCAAAAAGACAGGGUAACAAAAUUAAUACCACAAGAAUAGCAAGAAUCACAAAUCUAACAAAACUUUAGACUUGUAAAGAAGUAAGGCAAAGAAAGGCCUGAGAAGUCACCAAAUUUUGCAAAAAUCAUAAAAGUAACAAUAAUCAUACUUGUUAUCCAAAGAGACAGGGUAACAAAUAUAAGAAUAGCCAGAAUCACAAUUUUAGCGAAACUUUAGACUUAAAGGGAAAGGUAAAGAAGGGCCUCAAAAAGUCUGCAAAUUUCACAAAACUCGUUAAAGUAAUGAGAGUUUUUCUUGUUAUCCAAAAAGACAGAGCAACAAAUAUCGCAAGAAUAGCAAGAAUCACAAAUUUAACAAAAUUGUUUCUUUCUUAGCAAUGCAAAGUUUAGAAGUCUGAACUUUUGCCAAAUUUGUUUUUGUUGUUGCAAUGAAAAUUCUUGUUUCUUUUUUUGCAAUUUUUGAUUGAUUACUGCAAGCAGUUUUCGUUAUUUCUUUUUGGCUAAAACAUUUUUUGGCAAACAUUUGCCAGCAAUUUUCUCUACACACUGCAAUUCUUGUUGAAUUGCGUAUUCUUGCUAUGAAAUUUGCAGACCUCUUGAGGGCCUUCUUUUCCUUACUUCUUUAUAAAAAUGAUCUUUGCUAAAUUUGCUAAUCUUGAUAUUUGUUUUCUGUGAUAUUUGCAAGAAAGUGUCUGAAACAUUUUCUUGCAUCAUGUUUUGCUAACAUUGCAAUUAAAAGUUUCUGGCAAAUUUUUGUGAAAGACUGCAAUCCUGAACAUAUUAAGUCACUGUUAUGUUCCAUGUCAAAAUUUAAAAGGAAGGUGCAAGGGUUUAUUACCAUCCGUUCCAUAUUCUGUCAAAUAGCAGGUAUUUGCAUGGUUAAAGAACUGAAUGGUUGUUAUUUGUUUACAUUUCCUUUUUUUGUCUUGCAUGGAAAGGAAUGACGGCAACCCAUCUCUCGUUGAGUACUUCCUCUAUGCUCUGAAUGCAUUUGUAAAGUCUUGUGCUGAUGAUUGUCGUGGGCAGGUUUGCAGAUUGGGAGAAACUCUGUUUCCACUGAUGCUCCAAAUGUGGAAGACAGCUCAGCCUGUUGCAAAGGUUUGAAGUUUAAUGCCGAAAUGUUGAAUACUAUUACAUGUAUGCAUUUAUGCAAAUAUGCCUAAAUUUUGGUUUGCCAGGUUGGAUGCAUGCCUUAAGCAUAUAUUGUGUGGUUAGGCUUUGCCCAGUCUGUCAGCAGUAUCAGACAUCCAGGUCAGAUCACUCUGAGACUUUACCCUUCCACUGCCAAAUGUAGUUAAAGGCAAAUUUCGACCAGAUUUCCAAAUUUCAUCUUCUAACAAAAACAAAAAGUACCAUGUGAAAGUACAGGCAGAGAGCUUUCAUUUGAAUGGUCACAUAGUAGGAUUUCAUCCACAAACACAAAAGUUACAGUCACCUUUCAAAACUCCAUCAAGCACUCUGGCAGUGAAAGGGUUGAAAGGUACUCUGAUUUGUAUGCAUUUUGUUAACAGUUAUUUCUAGUGGACCAUUAGUGGGAAAAAUUAAUGUUUUGUGUUAGUCUACAGAGUAAAAAAGGACUUGCACCCCAGUAGCAAGGUGUCUCUAAUACUUCUCAGAUUGUGAGGUUUGAUGCAACUAAGGGAGUGAAUGUAGGCAACAAAUGUUAUAAUGAUGGGCUUUGAGAUAUUCAAGCACUGUUUACUAACUAAAUAUUUGAUUUGUUGCUUAGGAUCAAUUGGUACAGUUCAUGAGGCUACAGGUGUGUGCUCACCAUCCUCUAGGAGUUCAUGAAGAUGAACAUGGUGCUUGGAGCAGUAGUGUUAAUCAUUGGAAGGUUGGUUGACAUGUUACCUCAAAGGCACCUUUUCUUGGAGUGAUGAGAAGUGAUGAUGUCACAAGAACUACUUGUGGAAAAUUAUGGGAUAGGCUGGCAUAUCCAGAAGGAACAACAUUAAAAAUGUCCGCUUGCCAAAAUCAAAAUGCAAAUUGGUGCAAAUGAUGACUCAACAACGUAAGCCAAUUUUAGAAGGAUUUAUAUAAAUUUGGGUCAUCAGAGCAUAAUGGUGCUUUUAUCUCCCCACAAAUUUGAACUAACCGGCUGAUUAUUGGAAAGGGGGCUUUUACUCAUCUUGUUUUUUCUUAAUAUGCCAACCUAUCCCAUAAUUUCACAAAUUUUAAAUUUUGUGACAUCACACUUUUCUUUUCUAUAAUAAAGACACCAAGAUCAGGGCACCCCAAAGGCUUUUCAGUCACUCUCCUUCUGUAGUGAGGUUCUCCUUAAAUCUUAACUGACUUUGUUAAGGUGGCAAAGCAUUAAUAGAAAUUAAGCAAGUAACAAAUGCUUUAAAAUAAAGCCUUAUUUGGGACAGUGCUUUGGUUGGCUUAUCCCCUUAUGAGUUUCUUUUUUAUCACUUAAUUCAAUUACCUUGAACAUUGUUGGAUAAAUGACUGUCACUGUCUCACGUCAUUAAACUAGGAAUGUCUUCAAAGAUUAUACUCAGCAAUCGUGGAUGAUGUUGAACAGUUAAAGAAGAAAGUUGUUCGAGCUUCCAGGUGUGGACUUUUAGAUAAUCAUUGCUGUUAUGUUCUGGGUUUUAUGAGAGACAACAAUUGGGAAUAUCACCCAUUCAUCGGCUGGUUGUCACUGAAUAUAUCUUCAGAGUAAAAUGUACCAAAUAAUUAUUUUUGACUGGUUCCAUAAGUGGGAGAGAUUAAGCAAAUCAUGUGUUUUGAUUCACUAUAUCCAAGAUGGCAAAAUAGACCUUUUUUGCACAGACGGAUUUGCCUCUUUGGUCCAGGGAAAGAAACGUUCUCUUUGCCAUAUAAUAUGUCUUUUUUUUUACAAAGGAUGUUUGGUCAAGAUUGCUGGAAAAUGAUGUGAAGUUAAAGUAAAUAGUGCCACUGGCUUUGGCCCUGAAGCCAUAGCCAUGCAAUCGGGUGCUUUUUGUAGUUAUCCUAGAGGUGAAACUUUCUUUUUGGUUCCUUCUCUCGAUCCAAAUGAUUCAACUGUUACCUGGAAAUAUACUUCAGGUUGCGUUGUAUUUACUUGAUUCCCAUUUCUGGAUGAAAGGGGGCAAUUGUCUUCAUUGCAAGUCAACAGUGUACUGCAGAAUCCCGUUCAAGCUAUUUGGGUAACCAGGGAUUAUGUCUGCCUUUUUUCUACCUACUAGUAGUCUUAGCAACUUACUUUCUGCAUUGUACGAAUAUUUUCUAAUCUAUACUACUUUGAUUCAUAUCUAUGCUGCCAUUAUGAAAUUCUCUUAAAUAUACAAAUGUACAACCACAGCAUGAAACUGGAUCCUGGAUUUUCCCCUCAGUUUAUUGAACUAGCUGCAGAUGUUUUUCAUCAGGUAUGCAAAAAAGACAUUGUCUUUAUCAAUGGUUUUGCACAGUAUCAUUGCCUCCUUUAGAGAAUAACUGUGUUGUAAGUUUUUCUCAUGCUAAAGAAUUUUUUUUCAAGCGUAAGUAAAUUUCAUAUACUGCAAUGGUUAAGGAGUGCAAGAAACUUUCUUACUGUAUUAUUUUGUAAGCAAUCUUAUGACAUUCUUUCAAUUAAGGGGGUUUAUAAACGCUUGCUUUCGUGGGGUCAGAAGGGAUAUGUAUGACUAUUGAUCAUAUUUAGAUAUGAGGAUUAUUUUGUUAACCAUGUUCAAACUUAUUUCAGGUGUUUUGGGUACAAAGUAAUUAUCACUCCAUCCCUACCAGCCAAGACUCAACUGAACCAGGUUUGAAAUAAUAGUGACAAGUCCAAAAUUACCAUUCUUUACCGAUGUUUGCUCCUCAAAAGACUCUUGAAUUACAUUGUGUGUACAGCAAUUCUGUUAAAAGAUUAUUAGUUUAAGGUGAAGUGGUUUGUAUUGAUUCAAAAGGGAGGCUUAUUAGGGAUAAAUCAUAUUGAGUUAACAGAAGGUGCUACUGGGUUAGAAAACUGGUUCUUGUGUUUUGUUUGGUUACAGGGGCUAAAAGGCAGAAAAUUGAGCUUGGAUGGCACUUUUCAAGAGAGAUUUUGGAAAACAGUUCUGAGAAUUUGGUAUUACUUUCCUGGUAAGGUGUUAAUGACGUUUUUAUUGGAAAUGCAUUCUGUUAUGGUAGAAUCUGAGAUGGACAAUCAUUUUGAUUGAUUACAGUGUUCUUUGUGCUGCCACACUUCCUUCACUUUGUUUUUAGAGUGUUGCGAGUGUGGGUAAGUUGCCUCUUUUUGACUUUAUACUACAGGGAUGCUCUGCUAGAGUUUUUGCAGUUUUUUUCAGUUACACUAUACUAUGCAAGCCUGUAGAAAUACGUUUGGCAAACUUCAAACAUGCUACACAUGUAUGUUAAUAGUUAAGUUGGUUAUAACAUAGCAAAUAACUCUUACCUUGUGUUUCCUAUUUACAUUCUCUGCUAGCACCUUUUUGUGCAUAGCGACUAUAGCCCUCACUGUACUUCACGAAAGUCGUAUGUGUGUCACAUUUUGGUCAGGGCUGUGUGUGCAUUGCGGUGUUUGAAAAUCGGUUGGUGGAGUGGUGACAAGGGACGUACAGUGUAUGGUCAGAUUUAUCUUUGACUCAGUCUUGUGGCCUCUGACACGUGAGAUGCAGACAGGAGGCCUUAGAACAUAUUCUGUCCAUCAUGGCAUUUAAACAAUGCAUACAGACUAUGGUUGUAAAGAUGAAAGGACUAAAAUGCUCUGUUAGCACGUGGUAGAAAGUAUGUUUGAAUCGAGUGUCAGUCUUUUGUUUUGUAGGCUUCAGAUUCUAUCUUCCUUAUUUUGUAAGCAUCCUUCAAGUAUCCCUGCAACUGAGUUCCAACCUUUCUUGUUGGUCUUACACCAAUUACAAACCAAACACAAAAGGUAUGAAACGAUUGAUAUUUGAUUAAUGUACAACUGUAUAAUGUUGCUUUGGCAAAUCCCUUUAGUAUAGUAAUAGAUUAGUGAAAUUACCAGAACUGUUUUGUCUUGUUUUUUUUUGUUAGAAGUCUAAUUUGCCAAUAUUUUAUAUUUGUCUUUUCUGUGUUGUCUUUUAGUUAAUGUUUCAUGUGACAUUUUAUGUUGUUUUGUUUUCUUAGGCACGAGACCAUUCAACAGGUUUUAAGAAGUAUUGAGGCUCUGGUGCAGUGUUUUGCAAAGAGAAAAUUUCAGCUGGAAAAGCAUGUCAUUAAAUCCAUAAAACCAACUCUGAAGCAAAUUUGGGUAUCUGCAUUACGUAUCAUUGGGAUCAAACACCUUACUGAUUCUGGUUUUUCUCUUCUUAUAUCCCUUUUAAAGGUAAUUGUUCCCUUUAAUUUAUAGCUAUUUUUCCUAGAUCGGGUUCUGGUUUUCACGUCUUGGAUAUAUACUGAGCUUACAGGUUGUCAAAGAUCAAAGGUCAGAUUUAGACAGCAUUCAUUGCUCAAUGUAAAUUCUUCGUUGAUCAAGUACACAUUAUGGUCACCUAAGUUUGGCAUACAAAAUUCUUUUUUUCCUGUGGUUUGCAAGAAACAUACAGUAAGCCCACCAAUUGACCCACAAAGAUAAUACACCACUUCCGAGUACCCUUGUGCAAAAGAGAUGCUGUUGGAAUGACUUCUGUUGGGACUCUGUGGCCUAUAAAUUGACGCAACGUUUUGGUCACAGUACAUUAUUGCAAUGCUAGAAGUUUAAAGCAUGAUAUAAUCCCUAUUAUUAUAAACUGAAUCUUUGGAUAAUGCAAUUCUAGAGCUCUGAUUGGCUUUAAUUAGCCAUCAUGGUAUAUGAGCCAUUAUACCAUGCUCUCCAAAUAUGGUAACUAAACGCGUCUGCUUAAAAUUAAAAACAAGCCGAAAAUCGGUUGUUUUUACAAAUAAAGUUGGGAAGAAUUCUCGAUAUUAUGUGGGCGUUUUUAAUAAAACAAUUAUUCCACUCGCGCUUGUUGGAUAUGAGAUGUGAUGAUAGCCAACUCUGCGCUACGCGCCUCGUUGGCUAUCUUAACUCUCAUAUCCAACGCGCACUGGCGGAAUAAUAGUUAAUUAUUGAGCAAUUGGACUACUUUUACUACUUUUCAGAGGUAAAUAGAAAGUCUGCCACUUGGCCGUUGCAGUACCUUGUAAGGGUUUAAGGAUUUGUGCCAUUUAGCCUUUGUACUGAAUAUUUAACAAUUAUUGAAUGAGGCUUAGUAUCAUCUGAAGAAUUAUGGAGAUCGAGGAGGGUGUUAUUGGCCAAGGCGGAUAACACCCUCUAAGAUCUCCAUAAUUCUGCAUAUGAUACAAAAGCUAAAUUCAAUAAUUGUUUUAUUAUUCAUUCAAAAUAAUUCCUAGUUUAAAAACAGGCUAAGACAUGCUUACCUCCAUCGAUGUUACGUUUAUCUUCAUUAGUGCACGUUAAUCGGCAAGUUUAGGAGAUAAAGGGUUGUUCAGCUCUGCAAGUAUUCUUCAAAUAUUAGAUGUUGUCUUUCGAGUCGUGUUCUUGCUGUUCUUGCCAUGUGUUUAGCCAACAGUUUACCUAUUUCUUGCUGAUGAAAUGAGGGAAAUGUUCCGCUAUUUUUGUUCUUACUACCAAAACGACUCAACCUCGUCCCAGGUUUUCUCUGUUAACGAUUCAAUAAUCUGCGACUUUGCUGCACUUUUGACGUCAUCGGUUCAAUAUGGCAAAUGUCUUCCAAAUUUGGUCGACAGUAGCUGUUUAUGAUGAAUUAUGUGUGUGAUGUUUGGUAAUUAUACACGGAGAAAUAUUUUAAAUGCAUAAUAAUGUGUCUUAAGGUUGGCUGCCCUUUGUAUUUUUCAAAAAUCUACACACCGCUGCUUGACUUUGACACUGCUUCCAAAACUUUCAGAUGCCAGUUCCUUUUUAGUUUUUAUUUUGGGUAUUGUACUGCUUUAAGUGACUUCUAGUGGGUACUACCGUUUGACUGUUUUGCUCAGUCAUGUUCGGACCAUUACAGUGCGCGUAUAUUGGACAACCCUCGUUUCCCUGUCCAACAUCUUUCACACAUUGGUAGAAUUUUUGCUAUUGGAGUAUUACAUUGCUCCCAAGAAUUUCCAGAGGUUAGUGGAACUCCUGCCAUUUGGCUUUUCCAUUGCCCCCAGAAGCUUUCAGAGGCUACAUUAUUUAUUGCCACAUGGCUUUUUAUUCGUGUUCAGGGUAUUAAUGUAGUUCCUGUCAUUGGGUUUUCCCCUUUCCCAAAAAUCCUUUAGACUGUAGUGGAAUUCCUGCUUUUUAACUGUUGCAUCACUGUGUUUCUGCCAUUCUGUUAUCACAUUUCAUCCUAAUGCUGUAAUGGGUUUGUCAUUCGCCUGUUCUUACAUUGGUCACAAUCUAACAAAAUUCCGUCAAUUCAAAUUGUUUUUUUUGCAGGAGCAAGUCCACCCAGAUCCAGAUAUUUUUGUUACCAUUUUACGCAGUGGAGUUCCGUCAAGGUAGAUUAAUACUUAUGUGGCAAUUAUGCCCCGCUGAUACCAAAGCUUAAACAUGUUGAAUAGCUGUUUAGUUAAACACGUUUUUUUAUUAUUAUUUUUUUGUUAUAAAAGCUGUUUACAGACUUUGAUCGAUUGCCAAUUGGGCUCAGAUUUCAGAACAUGUUAAGUACAUGUGAAUCCUGUGUUCUACUUAGUGGUGUAGACAGGACCUUUUCUGCGACCUUAAAUUAGCUUGUGUCUUGCAAAAGCUUUGUUUGCUUUUUUUUAGGUUCUCUGUGGAGUUUCUUUACACAUAUUUAGUGCAACAUCAUUUACCAGAAAAGCUAGAUUGUGUCUCAACUACAGGAUUUCCUGUAACGAGGGAAGGUUCAUAUCCUCUGCGACAUCAAUUAUUUAACUGGAUGCUACCCAUAGAUAAUGGGACUGAUGGUAAUAGUGAUGUUUUGGCAUUCUGGGCUGCCAAAUCCUCAAGCAGGUAUUAAGACAUUUGGUUAAUAACAAUUUCAAGCUCGAAAGUCCAAAUAUAGUCAACUUUUAAUUGUGUUGAGGUGUUUGUUCACCAAAAUAGGAACAUAUGGUACGUUUGAAGCUAUGUUGCAUCCGUUUUGUAAAAAAUAUGGGUUUUAGUAUAAUUAGUCUUAAAUAUGACUAUACUUUGCCUCUCCCUCAUCCGUGAAAUGCCUUUUAACAUUAUAUGUUCAAAUGGUUUCAUUAUAUACCGUCCAAUGAGCAAGCAAUUUGCAUAACUGGUUGCAAGUACAUUUUCUUGGGUUUGUAGCAUCCCUAUAUUACUUCUUCAGAAAAUUCCAGUAUGACUUUUAUUCCAUCUCCAUUGUCGAAAACUGAAAAUAAUUUUCCCCCGUAAAAAUAGGUAGGGAACUAAUUGAGGCGGGGGAAGAAAGACAUAUUUUACCUUAUAGAGUUUUGUCUUAAAGUAACCUACUUGCUAUCAACUUUUUACUUCACCAGACUAACUAAUACACAAUUGUUAGCUACUGUCCUUGUAGCGCUAACACAGAAAUUUCCUACAACUAUGGAUGUUUUUCGCCCGAACUCGCCAGGGUAAGUAGUUUUGAAAAUGGUCAUCACUCUUACUUAUUAUUGUUUUUUAGUAAUAUUUUCAUGUUUUGGUCUUAGGUGUCAUUGCCCUGAGGAAUUCUCUCAUGAUGCUGAGCGAGCCCUUGUUCAAAUGCAAGAAGUUUACUUGAAGUCAACCUUUGAUCAGGUCUUACAUUCACCUGCUGUUAUUUUUCUGAUUUGCCUUAGCCUUAGAAAGCAACCGACAUUUGGCGAUGUCACCACUGGUUCCACGCAAAAUGGUGUCUAAGGAGCAAGCGCGGAAAUUUCAUUUUGAUGGCUUGUCGCUACCUUGCUAGUGCUUCGGAUUGGUUGAUACGUUUGCUUCAAACAACCAGAGGCACCAGCCAGAUAAGGGUAGUGACACGUCAUAAGUAUGGAAUUUCUGCGCUCAUCCACGCAGGGUUCGUACAGGUCAUGGAAUACCUUAGCCUACGAACAGCAGACGCAUUUCCGUUUGUCGCUUCUCUCCCUCCGAAACUAUUUUUCGGAGCGAGAGAAGCGGCGACCGGAAAUGUGUCUGCUGUUCGCAGGCUAGGAAAACCUAGAAAGUCAUGGAAUUUAAGAAUUUCAUUUUCCAGGCCUGGAAAGUGAUGGAAUUUAAUCGCCGGUCCUUGAGAGUCAUGGAAGAUUAAAGUUAUAUUAGGUAGUUUAGUUGCUGCAGAUGACAAAGCAAGGACAAUGGAAGAUAUAAAGGAGUAAUUAAACAGCGCGAACGGCACGCAUUUUGGUGGACACCAGUGUUUGUGUCUGUUGAACUGUGUAAGGUGAAGAAAUACCCCAAAACAAGGACAAUUUUGAAAAGUUUUCAAGGGCAACUAAAUCUAAGGUCUGGAAAAACUUGAAAAGAUCAUGGAAAAAGUCAUGGAAUGUGAAGAGCUCAAAAGAGUACGAACGCUGUCACGUCAUUUCGUGGGGAAACUAGUGGUGGCAUCACAAAGUGUCGCCUGUUUUCUCAGGCCAGGUUUGCUCUCGCUUGCACCUUUUAAACUGAAACACUUGCAAAUACAAUAAGUGAUCGGUAUGCAGUCUUUCACCUCUUUCGUGUGUGCAUCUGACUCACUAAUCUGAUCCAUGAAAUGUUUAGGCUUGGGUAGAGGGGAACUCUGAAAGACCACUCUGCUGUUGCUAGGGCUGUGUGAUGACUCGAUGCAGGCGGUUAUCAAGAUAAUUCAUUCCAAAAGCUAGUGAAGAAUGGAAAUUCACGAAUUACAACUUGUAUCUGUUCAUCUUUACAAACAAGAUAUCUUAAAAGUUUAAAAGCACCUCUUAAACAUAUAAUAUAGAAUCUAAGAACGUUUGCCUGUUCUAGUUGCUUAAUUUGUGCCGGUCGUUUCGUUGACUGGAUGAUUUUCCCUUUUAACCUUUCAAUUUAAUUUUGUAGCAUUACAUAGCUCAUUUUAUUUGUACAGGUAAUCACAUGAUUUCGAGUGCAAUUUGGAAUAAAUAAGCACGAGUAAAUUUUUUCAAAGGCUAACAAAAUUGCACGUGCCCGUAGGGCGAGUGCAAUUUGUGGUCUUUGAAAAAAUUGACCAGUGCUUAUUUAUUCCAAAUUGCACGAGAAAAAUUAUGUGAUUACUUAUUAAUAAUAUUCAUGAAAAAAUUGCGAGAUAGCUUUAAAAUCUCUUUAAUAGGGAGUCAACCCGCGUAAACUACGUGCAAAAAUAAAUUAUUCAAAUGCUGCAAAUAUCAUCACACGUGCAGUCAAAACAACAUUUUGCUCGAUGUUUUUAAAGUUUGCAAGCUGCAGAAACGGGCUGAACAGUUCAUGGAAUUGUUUAAUGUGUUUGAAAUAAAGAUUUUGGGUUAUUACCUCGAGUUUUCCGCUCUUCCAGAGAAUUUCCUCUUCCUCCUCUGAUACUUGCCGAGCUUUGUUUGGGCGCUUACCACGGCCAGCCAAGCGAAGCUGUUUCGCUUUUUCCUCCAACACCUCUUUGGACGAACUAAAUUCUCGGUCACGUACAAUGGACAGGGUGCAGCCUUUGUUCUUUAAGUGUCUAUCAAGCGAUGCCUUCAUUACUCUAAGGCUUUCUGGUUCAUAAAUCUUCACCUUUUUGGAUUGUUUACUUCGGCGUAGAAAUGCUCGGGCAAAGUGUUAAGCUCAGCCGGCUCAUAAUUUUCUAUUUCAUCAGUAAUUUCCUUACCUACGCACCAAUUCUUCCGAAAAGAGAGCCAAAAACCAGUGCUUUUCGCAGUGUUUUCGUUUUUAGAGCAGUUUUUCAGCUCCUCUACAGUUGUUUCGGUCGCAAAAGCAAAUGUGCUGCAAUCGCCAACCAUUGCGGUUUUUGCUCGAACUGGUCCGGAGCGGAUCCAAAUUUUGCGCCAUUUAGAUCACGCAUUUGAUUGGCUCUCAGUGAGUUCCUUUGUUUAUUAGCCAAUCAGAAUGUCACGUUUGUUACUCUUUUCUGCACUCAAUUACCUUUUUUCUGCACUGUGUUACCUAAAAACUGCGUUCCUCAUAGCCAAUCACAAUCGAGAAAUUUUUUCAUGUAUAUUAUUGGUCAUGCAACCAAUCACAAUUAAACGCGAUCAACGUUUACUCAACGUAUUUUCAUGACAUUGUAUUUAACAAUACAGGUCAACAUUCGUUGGUGGAAUGGAAGUUUCAACCAAAGGGAAAAGAAGCCAACGAUUCAAGCCAAUUACAACAGAAAGAUUGAAUCGCUUUGUACCCUGCUGUGUGAUAGAUUGUCUCAAAUAGCCUCCGCACUGUGCGAAAACUUCGAAAUACAGGUAAAUAGUAUUGUGUUUAAAACUAAGAGUUGCUAUUGAAAAUGGCCGUGUGUCUGUUAUUUAAAACUGUAUUAUUACUUAUAUUGAUCAUGAGCAAUCAAAGUACAAAGUCAGAUUUGAAAGGCAUGAUGUGCACAGUGCAGAUAACGUACAGUAUUUAACAAUUGCCCGUGUAUAAGUUAAAACAAAUAGGUAAUGUUAAGUUAUUACAGAUGUCUGUAUCUUAGUCUUCAGGAGGUAUGUCUAAAGAACGUUUGUUGUCAUUUGGUGGAAGAAUAGAGGGCCUAGUGCGGUUUUGUUGCUUGGCGUGUCAGGUGAUGGUUUACUUGAUAAAGAGCAACUCUUUAACCCAGGAAGAAGUGAGAAAUCUGCCCGUGAAGAAGAAACUUGGGGUGAGUACAUUUGUGCAUAUGUUGUAGUUGAUUUUUUAUCUCAGGUAAUUUUUAUUUUUCUUUUGUUUUUACGUAUGGUAAUGUAUGCUAAUAAAGCUGAGAGAAAAGAAAAAUGAAAAUUGCCUGAGAUAAAAACAAAAAAAAACUAUAGCAAAUACACUGUAGCUCUAAUGUAACAAAUCAUCGUGGAGGUGGAAUUUUAGCAAUUGAACCCAGGUGUCACAGGUGUAGUCAUCUCGCCAUAAUUAGACACUUCUUCUAGGAGGACGUGGUGUGUCACAUGGCCACCUACGGAAAUUUUGACAUCUUUCUGUUAGGUAGGCGUGAUUUUUCUCAAUGGGUGAAACUUAGGGCUCGUGGUAUUUGCAAAGAUAUGUGCACCUCUGAACCUAACUGAACCUCACUUCAGCCUGGGGCCAAGCGCCUUGGUGGGGAAAAGGACGAAUAACGUCACGUAAAAAGCGUGGGACUGAGGAAGGGGAAAGCACACAUUUCCUUCCUCAGCUUCUCGUUUAUUUCGCCUCUUUCUUCAUACUCGCCCGUUUAUUCAGGCUAACCUCUCUCAGGCAGACGUGAACACAUACACACAUCUAAUCACAGUGCUAAGGAAUCAUUUUCGUGUUGCAGAAUUUGUUAAACAAAGUGGCUGAUGGGGUGAGUGAGAUCAACAGAUCGCAUGAUCUUGAAGUAACAACAAGGAUGGAAGUUCUCACUGGGAUCAUUUCUGAAUUGGAGCGAAUGUUCACUGUUUUAUCUGUAAGUAGCUAUUAAAACAUCACGUGGCUAUUUUUAGGCUCAUUUUUUGUCAACUUUUCUCUUUUGUCCCCCCUGUCACACAUGUUUAACACUCCAUCCGGCUUCAUUGACUAGAAAAAGGGGAAGAGAAAAUAACGAUUGUUAUGCGGGCCAGGAUAAUUUAGCUAUCAGCUUUGACUUUAAUCCAAUAUCAUACUGUUUUGUGAAAGAACGUCCAUCGCUUAAUUUUCAGGAAACAGCGUCAUCACCCCAGCUGUUUUGUGGGAUGAUCUUAAGAGAAAAGACCCCACGUUCAUUGCUGAGUGAAAUUGUAGCCAUUUACAGCGGAGAGGUAAAGUGGUGCAGUAAUAGACCUUUUUACCGAUACGGCGGCCAUAUUGAAUUUAUUAGAUUUAAGGACUAUUAUGGGAUGCCUAGGGGGCACUCGCUCAGUAUUUAUGCGUGCUUCUCGGGCAAAAAGAGAAUUCCAGUGUAUAUUUCUGGGGAAAAAGGCGAUCGUCAUUAUAUCCAAACACGGCACAACGAUCUUUUUUCCCAUUACAAUCUUUUUCUAGGGAAACGUAAAGAAAAAUUGGCCACGUAAAUACUGAUGCAAGUAUACUGGAUCGUCCACAUGCCCCCUGGGCAUCCCAUAAUACUCCUUAAAUCCAAUUAAUUCAAUAUGGCUGCUGUAUCGGUAAAAAGGUCUAUUGUUCGUUCCUGUCCUGUAUAUAUCAAAAUACCCUUCCACAAAACUUUGACCUCGAUAAAGAUAACUUUUUAGGCUGUCACUUGACCAAAGCAUAACACAUAGAACACCUUAAGUUCAUUGCCGAGUGAAAUAGUUGCCAUUUACACUGGAGAGGUACAUUUUCUGUAGUAACUGAUCUCUCCUGUGAAAUCGUGGCCUUUGUGAAGUGGUGCAUAAAUUGAACACUCCUGUCCUGUAUAUCUGAAAUUACCCUUCUCGAACAUUUCGACGUUUAUGAAUUUGUCGUCUAUUACUUACAGUACAGUUUGACGUCUAUGAAUUUGUAGACUGUUACUUAACCAAAGCAAACGCUGUCUUAAGAACGACAUCAACACGACAGACAAUUUCUGGAUGUGGUUUCUGGGAGUACUGCCACAAAGUACGGUACCUUUUUUGUUUCACAAAUUGUAAGGUUUAAAAUGAGAGAAUCCUGAAAUAUAGAGUACCACCUAAUUAGCGGCAAACCAUUUUUUAAGUAACCAUAGAUUGUAAGUAAAAUAUAGCUGUAGUGGUUUUGUUUUUUUCCUUAGUUGGCACAGAGUGCGUCUGUCAAUUCUAGUCGUCUUGAUAUCACAGAGAGAAGUUUCGUCAGCCAGAGUACAAGUGUGGUUAGCAUGGAUGAAACAGAUGGUUUUGAUGAUUUUGAGUCUGAUCUGUCAUCAAGUGAUGAGCUUGUGACCAUCCCUGGCUCACAUAGCCAGUCCCAAAAGAAAGGAGUAAAAUCUGGUGAGUAAUUUGUCAGCACAACUGAACUUCAAGGAGCAUUACAACAAGUAAAGAAGUGGUAGGAAUUUAAAGCAAGUGAAAACGGAAGAGUUUAGACCUUUUGCAAAAAUCUCAAGCAGAGUAAAUUUCACGUCAUACUGUGUCAUCUUUUCUCUGUGUCGGACACAGCGGGGAACCUAGGAAUAGUGUUUUUAGUAAGUCCAAGUUGUUUCAGUAUUGAUCUAUUGAUGUUGGAUCUUGUCUUAAGCCUAUUCCACCUUGCGAGAGAGCAGUGCAAGGUUUCUGUGCAAGUGGUCAAUGCAGGAUGGAGGAGAUGUUGGCAUUUCAGCUCUUGAUCAUCAACCAAAUGAUAUCAAAGAAAAGGUUGUUAGCUUUUUUAAUUCUGAGGUAAGAAGAUAGAUGUUUUCACUUAACUUAUUUUUGUGGUUCUAUUGGUUAUGAGAGGAAGAUUUUCACUCCAUGGACUCUGAAGAUUUUAGAGGGUGAAAUGCAGUUUACAGAUAAGGCGUGCAAAUUCUUGGCAAAAAGUACAGGUGUUGCAGUGGAGAGAAGGUGAUAUAUCCCCCUCAAACAAAAUCGGGGGAGGGACUGGUCCCCCUCCACACCUUUCAGUGCCGAAAAUAUCGUUCGCUUAGCCGUCAACAAAUUGUCUGUCACCAAGAUGAUUCUAUGGAGGUCCACAUAAUGUAGACAUCGUAUUUCACAUUACCUGAGGCAUCGGUGACUUCAAAGCGCUCAUUUUAUUUCCUGCAAUGACCAAAAGCGCCAUGAUGCAGGAUCUUCUAAACACCUACCUGCUCAGGCAUUGUCUGGAAAAGAUUGCAGAGAGACUGGCCACUGUUAAAAUUGUAAAGAGGUUUGUUUUGUGCAAUGUACUACCAAAGGGGCGUUUUGGGAAAUUUGAGAAGGGGUAUGCACCUGGCUUGCUGUGCGAUGGAACUUUCCAUGUAAUCCCAUGCUUCAAAACGCUCCACCGAGUCUGUGGAUUGUUUUUACCGAGGUACCUUUGCCAUCAACAGCCAGUCUGAAAACGGUUUCUUGAAAGUGUGAAUUCUACAAAUUAGUCACUGUGCUUAUGCACUGGAACAGCUCAUAGGAUGGGUACAAGAAAAUUCCUAUCGCAUGAUCUUGAAGUAACAACAAGGAUGGAAGUUCUCACUGGGAUCAUUUCUGAAUUGGAGCGAAUGUUCACUGUUUUAUCUGUAAGUAGCUAUUAAAACAUCACGUGGCUAUUUUUAGGCUCAUUUUUUGUCAACUUUUCUCUUUUGUCCCCCCUGUCACACAUGUUUAGCACUCCAUCCGGCUUCAUUGACUAGAAAAAGGGAAAGAGAAAAUAACGCUUGUUAUGCGGGCCAGGAUAAUUUAGCUAGCAGCUUUGACUUUAAUCCAAUAUCAUACUAUUUUGUGAAAGAACCUCCAUCGCUUAAUUUUCAGGAAACAGCGUCUUCACCUGAACUGUUUUGUGGGAUGAUCUUAAGAGAAAAGACCCCACGUUCAUUGCUGAGUGAAAUUGUAGCCAUUUACAGUGGAGAGGUAAAUUGGUGCAGUAAUAGACCUUUUUACCGAUACGGCGGCCAUAUUGAAUUUAUUAGAUUUAAGGAGUAUUAUGGGAUGCCCAGGGGGCACUGGCUCAGUAUUUAUGCGCGCUUUUCGGGCAAAAAGAGAAUUUCAAUGUAUAUUUUUGGGGAAAAAGGCGAUCUUCAUUAUAUCCAAACACGGCACAACGAUCUUUUUUUCCCAUUACAAUCUUUUUCUAGGAAAACUUAAGGAAAAAUUGGCCCGAAAAGCGAACGUAAAUACUGAUGCAAGUAUACUGGAUCGUCCUCAUGCCCCCGGGCAUCCCAUUAUACUCCUUAAAUCCAAUUAAUUCAAUAUGGCUGCGGUAUCGGUAAAAAGGUCUAUUGUUCGUUCCUGUCCUGUAUAUAUCAAAAUACCCUUCCACAAAACUUUGACCUCGAUAAAGAUAACUUUUUAGGCUGUCACUUGACCAAAGCAUAACACAUAGAACACCUUAUGUUCAUUGCCGAGUGAAAUAGUUGCCAUUUACACUGGAGAGGUACAUUUUCUGUAGUAACUGAUCUCUCCUGUGAAAUCGUGGCCUUUGUGAAGUGGUGCAUAAAUUGAACACUCCUGUCCUGUAUAUCUGAAAUUACCCUUCUCGAACAUUUCGACGUUUAUGAAUUUGUCGUCUAUUACUUACAGUACAGUUUGACGUCUAUGAAUUUGUAGACUGUUACUUAACCAAAGCAAACGCUGUCUUAAGAACGACAUCAACACGACAGACAAUUUCUGGAUGUGGUUUCUGGGAGUACUGCCACAAAGUACGGUACCUUUUUUGUUUCACAAAUUGUAAGGUUUAAAAUGAGAGAAUCCUGAAAUAUAGAGUACCACCUAAUUAGCGGCAAACCAUUUUUUAAGUAACCAUAGAUUGUAAGUAAAAUAUAGCUGUAGUGGUUUUGUUUUUUUCCUUAGUUGGCACAGAGUGCGUCUGUCAAUUCUAGUCGUCUUGAUAUCACAGAGAGAAGUUUCGUCAGCCAGAGUACAAGUGUGGUUAGCAUGGAUGAAACAGAUGGUUUUGAUGAUUUUGAGUCUGAUCUGUCAUCAAGUGAUGAGCUUGUGACCAUCCCUGGCUCACAUAGCCAGUCCCAAAAGAAAGGAGUAAAAUCUGGUGAGUAUUUUGUCAGCGCAACUGAACUUCAAGCAGCAUUACAACAAGUAAAGAAGUGGUAAGAAUUUAAAGCAAGUGAAAACGGAAGAGUUUAGACCUUUUGCAAAAAUCUCAAACAAAGUAAAUUUCACGUCAUACUGUGUCGUCUUUUCACUGUGUCAGACACAGCGGGGAACCUAGGAAUAGUGUUUUUAGUAAGUCCAAGUUGUUUCAGUAUUGAUCUAUUGAUGUUGAAUCUUGUCUUAAGCGUAUUCCACCUUGCGAGAGAGUAGUGCAAGGUUUCUGUGCAAGUGGUCAAUGCACGAUGGAAGAGAGAUUGGCAUUUCCGCUCUUGAUCAUCAACCAAAUGAUAUCAAAGAAAAGGUUGUUACCUUUUUUAAUUCUGAGGUAAGAAGAUAGAUGUUCUCACUUUACUUAUUUUUGUGGUUCUAUUGGUUUUGAGAGGAAGAUUUUCACUCCAUGGACUCUGAAGAUUUUAGAGGGUGAAAUGCAGUUUGUAGAUAAGGCGUGCAAAUUCUUGGCAAAAAGUACAGGUGUUGCAGUGGAGAAAAGGUGAUAUAUCCCCCUCCAACAAAAUUGGGGGAGGGACUUAUCCCCCUCCACACAUUUCAGUGCCGAAAAUAUCGUUAGCUUAGCCUUCGACAAAUUGUCUGCCACCAAGGUGAUUCUCGGGAGGUCCACAAAAUGUGAACAUCGUAUUGCACAUUACCUGAGGCAUCGGUGACUUCAAAGCGUUCAUUUUAUUUCUUGCAAUAACCAAAAGCGCCAUGAUGCAGGAUCUUCUAAACACCUACCUGCUCAGGCAUUGUCUGGAAAAGAUUGCAGACAGACUGGCCACUGUUAUAAUUGUAAAGAGGUUUGUUUUGUGCAAUGUACUACCAAAACGGCGUUUUGGGAAAUUUGAGAAGGGGUAUGCACCUGGCUUGCUGUGCGAUGGAACUUUCCAUGUAAUCCCAUGCUUCAAAACGCUCCACCGAGUCUGUGGAAUGUUUUCACCGAGGUACCUUUGCCAUCAACAGCCAGUCUGAAAACGGUUUCUUGAAAGUGUGAAUUCUACAAAUUAGUCACUGUGCUUAUGCACUGGAACAGCUCAUAGGAUGGGUACAAGAAAAUUCCGCUUGCCCAAUGGAGCGGUACAUUCCAGCUGCACAGACCCGACAAAAGCCAGUGCAAGUUUGGUUUGUUCUUGUAAGCAGAAUGCAAAAUAGUGGUACUGGGAACAACAGUUUUGUCAAAUGGAAAGGGAUAUUUCAAUCCGAGUGACCAAAAUGAGCAGACCGAUCAAAGAAGACCACCGUCAAAAUUGUCCACAAAUAUUCUGGUCAGACCGAAAGAAAUGGUUCGUCCCUUUUAAUUUCUAACCGAAAUGUCUGAAAUUUUGGGCUGAGUGCAAAGUGCCCUAGUUUCAAGUUGUCUGUGUUAAUACCCCGGUACUUAUAACUCCUUGUCUCGUCACUUUGUCGAAAGCACCUUGCCCUGUAUUUGCUGUUUAGGAAAAAUGAGAUCGUCAAAAUAGUGACAUCAUCUGAAGUUCUCAUUUCUGGUUUCUUCCUUUUUUGCAGGAAUUUAACAUUUCGAAAGAUGGAGAUCUUAAGUUGGUAUGUUCUUAUAGUGUUUGGUUGUUAUUAUUUUACAGUCACGCAAUACAAUUACCACUUAAAAUGUCACAUUAACUCUGUAGUACUUGAUUCUCGAGCCAGUGACAAGAAGUGUAUUGGCCAUGUAGUUAAGCUGAUUUAGUUUCUAACCUCCUACCACAUUUUAGUAUUUUACAGUAUCCUUUGCCUUGGCAUCCAGCAAUACCUCUCUUCCAAGUCAUCACUUGGAAGUCCUUCUGGAGGUGUUUAGGUAAUGACCUUAAUUCUUGUAUUUCUGAUUCACUGUGUUCUUACAGGAUAUCGGUGACGUCUACUUCCCUUUCGUAAACGGUCUUUACCAUUUUUAACGGUCGAUGCCACCAUUAGUCGUGAUAGAUGUAACAUAUUCUCUGGAUUAAGUUACAAAAGGUAUAUAAUACGUUUUUGAAUAGUGUUAGAAAGAACGGCAUUGAAGCCCAAGUUUGAUUUUUAUUUAAAUUUAUGGAAAGGGCUAGGGUCACCUGUUAUUGAAGUAACAGUUAAGAAAGACAGUGUCAGUGUAUGUAGUUAAUUUUUUUCAGAAUUUUGGAAAAAACAGAUCAAACAUUUUAAAAGUGGUAGCGACCGUUGACGAAAGGGACAACUGCAUCGAAGACAUUGCAACAAUCAUAUUGUGAAAGAAGUUUUAGAAUCACUUUGCAGUAAUGGAAAUAAGUCUGGCAAAUUCGCCAAAACCAUAAGUUAAGUUUUAUUAAUAUUUUACGUAAAUUCCUUGUCAAAAUAUGUUUCAUUACCCUGGACAAUUCGUUAUUAGUUCCCUUUACACAGUCACAUCAUCUUGUUUAUCAAGUGCCUAAGUUCCAUUAUUCCCUUGAAUGUGCUUGGUGUUGUUGUAAGACUGAAGGGCGUGACCGAAGGGCGUGACAGUCAACUCUCGUAUAAAAAGCAGAACCACUGGUAACUGGGAUCACUAGAAUCUCCCAGGACCUCAAAGCAACCAAACUAGUCACUAUCCUUUAGGUAGUGCUGUUAAAACUUCAUGAGUUUUACGACGGAAAGCAAUUUGUUUCAGUCAUGUUACAAACUAGUAAUAAUCAGCCGAAGGGUGUGACCUGGCGUGUUUUACAUGUGCUUGUUAUUAAUCAUUUUUUAACAACACUUUUCACUAUCGUGUAGGCAGGCUAUGUCAAAGUAUAGAAAGGAUCAGAAGGUCUGUUGUCAAGGUCUCAAACUUUUGGUGGAGCUAACCCGCCAUCUUAGUGACAACACAAACCUGGACUCAGACCUUGAGUCUUCAAGGGAGAUUGCAGCCCACAUACUUAAAGCAUUUUGGUAAGAUUAUAUUUGUAGAUAUUUAAGACGGUCAAGUUAAUAUUUCUCUACUUGUGUUAAGGUUCUUCGGUUGAGUUGCUGAUUGGGACUCAGAUUUUUUCUUUAUCCAGUACUGACGAAUGCGACCUGUUUCAUCACUCUUUCCCUGGUUGAGAUGGUCCGCGAGACUAAAAAUGGUUUCUGUGGAAUCUAGUUCAAUGUUUCACCCGUGUUGCAUUUAUUAUACGAUGAGAGAGUUUAAGUAUACGGCUUCAGCCUCUUCCUUAAAGGAAUAGGUAUUAUCUUCUCGCUAUAGAUUUUAGUAAGGCGUUUACAGGCUGCUUCAGCGUAAUAUACAUUUAUAGACAAAGGCGAGAGGCUUUUAAUAGCUAGUGCUCCAGGUUUACAAAGAAUGCGUAAUGUGUAAAGGGCAUGCUGACUAUCAAGCACCUGGGAUUUUACUUUUUUACAGGACUUUAAAGGAUACGCAAUACAGUCCGAUUGUAAGGUUACACAUGGCAAAAUGCAUGGAAACGUUUUUGAAGGUACUUGGUUUUUUACGCCAUAUUAAGCAAGGGAUAGCACAGUGGUGUGAGCACUUCCCUCCCACCGAUUUGGUCCGGGCUCAAAUCCCGGCGUCGGGUAAACGAAGAUGUGCUACCUCCAAAUCGUUAUAGCGGAGCUCUCGCGCAGCGGAGCACCAUGGGUAAGAAAAUAUGGUAAUCUAUGCUUCCAAGAAACUUUGGUUCUGAGGAAAUCGUUCAUACGGAGUACGUCCAUACGUACGUCCACCCCAUCAUAUAAGNAGUCUUCAAGGGAGAUUGCAGCCCACAUACUUAAAGCAUUUUGGUAAGAUUAUAUUUGUAGACAUUUAAGACGGUCAAGUUAAUAUUUCUCUACUUGUGUUAAGGUUCUUCGGUUGAGUUGCUGAUUGGGACUCAGAUUUUUUCUUUAUCCAGUACUGACGAAUGCGACCUGUUUCAUCACUCUUUCCCUGGUUGAGAUGGUCCGCAAAAUUAAAAAUGGUUUCUGUGGAAUCUAGUUCAAUGUUUCACCCGUGUUGCAUUUAUUAUACGAUGAGAGAGUUUAAGUAUACGGCUUCAGCCUCUUCCUUAAAAGAAACAGGUAUUAUCUUCUCGCCAUAGAUUUUAGUGAGGCGUUUACAGGCUGCUUCGGCGUAAUAUACAUUUAUAGACAAAGGCGAGAGGCUUUUAAUAGCUACUGCUCCAGGUAUGCAAAGAAUGCGUAAUGUGAAAAGGGCAUACUGACUAUCAAGCACCUUGGAUUUUACUUUUUUACAGGACUUUAAAGGAUACGCAAUACAGUCCGAUUGUAAGGUUACACAUGGCAAAAUGCAUGGAGACGUUUUUGAAGGUACUUGGUUUAUUACGCCAUAUUAAGCAAGGGAUAGCACAGUGGUGUGAGCACUCGCCUCCCACCGAUUUGGCCCGGGCUCAAAUCCCGGCGUCGGGUAAACGAAGAUGUGCUACCUCCAAAUCGUUAUAGCGGAGCUCUCGCGCAGCGGAGCACCAUGGGUAAGAAAAUAUGGUAAUCUAUGCUUCCAAGAAAUUUAGGUUCUGAGGAAAUCGUUCAUACGGAGUACGUCCAUACGUACGUCCACCCCUUCAUAUUAGCGGAUGCGAAAUGGCACACUUUAAUACUAUCUGUGUAAAACUUGGUAUUGGACAUCCAAGUUGUGAUCAAUUGACAGCUGUCAAAAAAGAGUAUCCUCUGACCAAUUGCAAAUGACUGCAUCGCGGGCUCAGGUAUACAACUCAUGGAAGUGAUGUAAUUUUUAAAGAUAUCCGCUGACCAGUUGCUCGUUUUUAAUUGAUCGCGGGCGCAGGUUAAUUUUUUUAAAGGUAAAAUUCGGUUUGCUCUCUGCUUACGGCCAAAGUAUAAUUAAUUGAGGAAGACGUUUCCUAAAGCAUCCUUCGAGAGCUUCGCUUUUGGCCUUGGCUAAAUCUGUAUAUAAUAUUUACUUAUUUAUUGGUUUAUUAAGUUGAUUUAGGCUCAUUCCCUUGUGGUGUAACGCAACCCUUUAUUUUAGGUGGAUCCAGAGGAGAAUUGGUGUGGUAUGAAGCAAGUAAAGAAAGAUAGGGAUGGAGGUAAGGCUUCUCUGUUACGUGUGUUACAGAAUGAUUUCAUAUUAAGUCAGCAUUAUUUUACAAAGCGGAAAAAACAGGUAAGCACGGCAGUAACUUUGGUGUUUACGUGUAUACCUUGCCCUAACUGUCAUUACAUUUGGCAAAUGUGUCCGUGGGCUGAGCAGCGUUUUGUGGUAUCGCGGUUAUUGGUAAUUCGUGAGGCAGGUGAUGAAGUUGACUGAUAAUGUGAAAGCAAGCUAGUUGACUGUGAUCUAUGAACGUGAUAUUAUUUUGUGGGUGAAUUAAGGUCUGUCUUUUGGGGACUCCUUUUGUUGCUGACACGAGACUUUUCGGUUUGGCUUUUUUUCGCUAUAAGAUCUCAAACGUGACUUAAAAUGGUUUGAACAUCACAAUAUUUCCCUUGCUUACCCGUUUUAUGGUUCCUAUUUUUACUCUCUCUGCAGCUGUGAAGGAAUCUUCGUCUCUCUCCCUGAGCGAGGAAUUCCCCAAGCUUCUUGGUGACUCCAGCCACCUGUUAAGAACAUACAUGGCUUCUGCCAUUAAAGUGCUAUUUGUGAGACAUGUCACAAACGCUUCUGCUGUUCCUGCUCCUCGUGACCAUCAGUACGAAAUGUUUGAGCGUGUGGCACAAAUCCUGGUUCAGUCAUUAACUGAAACAGUGGCCGUGAGUAAAUGUUAUUGGUCAUUUUGGGGUUGAGCGUGAACCUGAUCGGUGUUGUGUCAAAUUGCACCAUGGGACUGUUCUGGGGAUGCUCUCUCUUCUUCCAUUUGAGAGCUUUAGAUUCUGAGACUAGGACUACUACGAGUACGAGAUUUUCCCAAUACUGAGUAUUGCUCACGCGUGAAUCAGCGUCAUUUUGGCGGGAAAACGUGAUAGCCGUCGUCAUUCUACUACUAGUUUCAGCGAGAAUGUCUUAGUGGCGGGAACGAGUUAUCAAAUGUAAGAGGUUUUAUUAUUUUGCUACCGGGAUAGGGCUUAACCUCCUUCAGUAUAAAUAACCGUACUAACUUUUUUGGCGAAAAAGAGUGAAAUGAAGCUUUCCGGGGUGUCUUUUCUUGAAAACACGCGCAAAAACUUCAAGUUAAAUCUGGCACUCGCGCUCGUUGUCGUCCUCAAAUCUAAAGCUCUCUAUUGUCUAUUACGAGGUUACACAAAAAAGUAAGUCAAAUUUCUUCUUCAUAAAAAAAUCCUUAUGGUGCAAAUCAACACCACACCGACCCAGUCUCGAGCAGAUCCUUAAAAUAAUCAAUAAAUAUGAAUAAAUAAUUGAUUAACGGUGUGCAACAUGUAGUGCCUGUUAAUGACUUCUAAUGCUGUUCGAUAUGUGCAUAACGCAAAUAUCCAAUAAAGAUAAUUGUUGCGCGAAAACCAAGGGAGGUUCCAUCAUCAACUGGCGUUAUUCAGAGGGUCUGGAAUAAAUUUUUUAACUUUUUUAUUUGAUAAAGGAAACUUUGAGUGAAGAGGAAAGAGAAGAUGAAUGUGUUAACAGAUCUAGCUCUAUGCUUGCAUGCCUCAAACAAAUUGCACUCGUCAGUCCUAUCUGUGAAAAAAGGGCUAUUGCUCUGCUCUUCCAAGCAGUCAAGGAACAGUUUUUGGACAAGGAUUUGGUCAAAAAGGUAAAGAGUAGAAAUCAAUUCAAAUGCUCUCUUUUGUUACGUUAUUGUGCUGUUCAAGACUUUAAGCAGUAUCUCCCAAAUUGUUUCUAAAAUAGAGAUCGAACCCACGAAGGUCCUGCGAAAGACACAGUAACAACUCUGAAAACUCGAAAACAAAAACUUUUUGGUAAUUUGGUGACUUAUUGUAUAUUAGUAUAUAUAGAUUUAACAGAUUUAAAACCUAAUAUUCUUUACCCUUGAGAUUGGGACGUUAACAGGAUGCGAUCCCUAAAUUCCAGAGGGAAGUGGUUCAUAUGUUGUGAAAAUGCAGCUUCUUCAAGUACUGGGAUAAAAUUGAAAUCUCUUUAGGACUUAGAACGUAGGCGGAUGAUCUAUAUCCAGGCUUAGUGUUAGGUUGGUGCUGAAUGGACAAAAAGUGAAUACAAAUUCAUAUUAGUACAGGAAUGCACAAUGUGACCCCGAGAUUAAGCGUGUUGAACGUAAGUGAACCCCACCCAGCACUGCACUCAUUUUGCCAUGUCUUGCUUAUCUUGUUUUGCACUGCAGUGCGCGGGAUUUUCGUGGAGCUUUUAAUUAAUGGGACGAUAAAUAAUUUUUUCCCAUUUAGCUCGGCCACUGUUGGAAAAGGUAGAUUUUAUUUCUUUAAAAAACUAUUGCUAGGUUCUGGCUCAGCUGGCUUGUGAGCUGGGUUACACAUCAAGAGCUGCCUAUGUCAAGAACCAUCUAGAAUUUAUCAUUGAUGACUGGCUAAAACAUGGCUUUAAGAUUACUGACUUUCCCUGUCAGAUGCUAGAUUUCAAAAGAGUUGCUGACUUUUUCCAGUAAGUGUAAUAAAUUACUUGAACUUCCGUUGGGGUAGCUGGUACUUAAACCUUUUCACUCCCAGAUUUGAUUGAUGAGCCGUGAAAAGUGGUCCUAGUUUUUGUGCCUGUCGACAAAAUCGUAUGGUGUGACCAUUUAAAUGAAAUCUGUUCAGUAGUUUCUUCCCAUGGUGCUAAUGGUGCUAUUUAUUUAGUAUGUUGUUCUUAUUUGGGUGAGUCUGUGGAUACAAUCCUAUUGUGUCGCCAUUCAAAUGAAACCUUUUCAGUAGUACUUUCACAUCGUAUUAUUUAUAUAGUGCAUGUAUAUAGUUCUAACUUUUAAGUCUGUCAACGAAAUCGCAUGGUAUGACCAUUCAAACGAAACCUCUUCAGCAGUAGUUUUGUAUGGUCUAUUGCUAUUUGUUUUUCAUUAUUUUACAAAAUGAAAUUUGGAAAUUUUGUUUAAUUUUGACUUAAACGACUUUUGAGAGUUAAAGGGGCAAGGAACUAGACCUUAUUCACGAUACCCGCCAUCACUGCACGCGCUAAAGGACUGAUGGGGUAAAAGCAAUGUCACAUGGUUUCUCAGGGGCAAACACUUGAUAAAAGUUGCCAAUACAAUAAAUCGCAGACGUGUUUUUUUAUUCUAGACAACUGAAACUGAACAACUUUUUAUCUUGAAAACGAUAAUGGCAAACUGUAGGUGUAAGUGAUCAUUGUUACUGUUUUGGAUGCAGUAGUAGACUUCGAGCAGUCUCUUAUUUUUCUUUGUAAAGUUACUGCACGCGAAACCUAAAUACGCGAGCGACGAAGCUGCUUGCCCCGAGAAACGAGGGCGUAAGCCCUAGAAGAAAAAAUAUUUUGUCGUCUCGUCUCGAUCCCUAUAUAAUAACAUCGUGGUUUGCAAUCCCGCUGGAUGAGAUAAGAACUAGAAAGAGGCGGACUGCAAGCAGUCUAAUGCAGUAGCGACCGUACAUGUUCUCACAGCAAGCAAUAUUGACAUGAAACUUGAGGAAAUUCGACCCGUACACUUUGCUUGACUGUCAAAUCGUCGUCUCGUUUUGAGAGAAUAAACAAACUCGACAUUUACUACUUGUAUUGGCAAAUUUUAUCACUUGUUUGCCCCCUGAAAUACCACGAGACAUUGCUUUUAUCCCAUCCAUCCUAAAGCGCGUGCAAAGAUGACGAGUGUCGUGAAUAAGGUCUAUUGGCUUUUGAAACAGGCUUAUUGCAAUGUCCGUUCGUUGUAUAUUCAAGGUAUCAUCAUUCAUCCAUUCUGCCCAGUCUCAUAUCAAGACCAGAGACUGCUCAGCAAUCAGUUGCACUGUUUACCGAACAGCUUGUCCCAAGCGGCGACUGCAGGUAGGCGGACUGCAAGCAGUCUAAUGCAGUAGCGACCGUACAUGUUCUCACAGCAAGCAAUAUUGACAUGAAACUUGAGGAAAUUCGACCCGUACACUUUGCUUGAUUGUCAAAUCGUCGUCUCGUUUUGAGAGAAUAAACAAACUCGACAUUUACUACUUAUAUUGGCAAAUUUUAUCACUUGUUUCCCCCCUGAAAUACCACGUGACAACGCUUUUAUCUCAUCAAUCCUAAUGCGCGAGCAAAGAUGACGGGAAUCGUGAAUAAGGUCUAUUGGUUUUUGAAGCAGGCUUAUUUCUAUGUCCGUUCGUUGUAUAUUCAAGGUAUCAUCAUUCAUCCAUUCUGCCCAGUCUCAUAUCAAGACCAGAGACUGCUCAGCAAUCAGUUGCACUGUUUACCGAACAGCUUGUCCCAAGCGGCGACUGCAGGGAGUUUGUAAGAGAAAGCUUCUGCCAUAUCACCGCUUAUUAUUUGCCGUGGUUUGCCCAACAAAGCAGAAUAGAUUCGUUGAAGUCAAGUGAGCAGGCAAAAAUUGCACAAGCCAGAAAGAGCUCUGAUUUUCUUGUCAGCAUUCUAACCGAGGAGGUCAGUUUGGUCUGGUACAUUUUUAGAAAAGGCCAGAUGUUUUCUUUUGACAGUUUUGUAUGAUUUUAUUGAUCCCUUUUACUAUUGGAUGCUCACAUAUUACCUGUAACAGACGACUAGAAGUCCAAAUGUUUUACAGUUGCGCUAUCAUUGAAAGUGCAUUUGGACAAAUGACGUUGUUGCAUGCUUAAACCAUAGUCCAUCAACAGACAGAUGAGCUCAAUAAAAUCAUAUGGGCUUGUAUUAGAGAAUGGUAAAAAAAUAAAUACUGAUGAAAGUAUAGAAAAUACACUUAAAGUUUUGUUCUUUGAAGAACAAAAACUUAAUUUUAUUUUUUAUAUUUUCAAGGUUUUCAAGAUUUUAAAAACCUCAUAAAACACGGCCGCAUUUUAACUCCAAUUCUUUACUAGUGGGGAAUCAAAAAUUGAGCGAUUGGCGGAGGAAUAAACUGCUAUAUAGGCAAAUUUUAAGCCUUUCAAUAUGCUCUCAGUUCUUGUUUUAUAAGGUCAAAAACUCUCCGCCUCAUAAGCACAGUUGAGCAACACUGCAGUCUAUUUUGCAGGCUGUAGACAAGUUAUUUGCAAAGAAGUUUGACGAGCAGAUAGUAUCUCUUCUUCUACGGAUGUAUGAACCAACUUCAGAAGGCUCGGACCUUUCCCAGUUUACCAAGUUAGUAUCUCUUUUAAACUUAAAGCAGUAAAGCAGUUGACUAUGUGCACGUAGUCCACUGUGAAAUUUGGGAGUCUGCCUUUUGACCAACGUUGAUCACGGGAGUGGAUUUCUAGACAAUUGACCCAGAGGAGGAGUUUUUUUUGCGCUUCACGUUAACAGCACUACCCAAACAUUACAUUGUGUAUGCAAAAUGCCANAAAUGUUUUACAGUUGCGCUAUCAUUGAAAGUGCAUUUGGACAAAUGAGGUUGUUGCAUGCUUAAACCAUAGUCCAUCAACAGACAGAUGAGCUCAAUAAAAUCAUAUGGGCUUGUAUUAGACAAUGGUAAAAAAAUAAAUACUGAUGAAAGUAUAGAAAAUACACUUGAAGUUUUGUUCUUUCAAGAACAAAAACUUAAUUUUAUUUUUUAUAUUUUCAAGGUUUUCAAGAUUUUAAAAACCUCAUAAAACACGGCCGCAUUUUAACUCCAAUUCUUUACUAGUGGGGAAUCAAAAAUUGAGCGAUUGGCAGAGGAAUAAACUGCUAUAUAGGCAAAUUUUAAGCCUUUCAAUAUGCUCUCAGUUCUUGUUUUAUAAGGUCAAAAACUCUCCGCCUCAUAAGCACAGUUGAGCAACACUGCAGUCUAUUUUGCAGGCUGUAGACAAGUUAUUUGCAAAGAAGUUUGACGAGCAGAUAGUAUCUCUUCUUCUACGGAUGUAUGAACCAACUUCAGAAGGCUCGGACCUUUCCCAGUUUACCAAGUUAGUAUCUCUUUUAAACUUAAAGCAGUAAAGCAGUUGACUAUGUGCACGUAGUCCACUGUGAAAUUUGGGAGUCUGCCUUUUGACCAACGUUGAUCACGGGAGUGGAUUUCUAGACAAUUGACCCAGAGGAGGAGUUUUUUUUGCGCUUCACGUUAACAGCACUACCCAAACAUUACAUUGUGUAUGCAAAAUGCCAGAGAACAUGCUGAUUAAAUGAAAUUUUUUUUUUCAGUUAUUUGUAUGAAGUUUAAACUAGGCUACUCCUCAAGAAAGGCUUUUCUUUGUAUAACGUUUUCUACUGUUUACUCUUUACAACUUUUAAAUGUUAUGGUAGCUAGAAAUCUUUCCUGGUUUAGUGGUCCAUCUCAAACACGCUUUCGCAUCAGGGGAUAUUCUUACCUUAGGCAGUCUGGCUAUAGUUCCUCAACUAGUGUUUUAAAUUUUAGUAAAGUCCAACUAUUGUUCUAUUAUCAAUGGUGCAUUCUGAUUGGUUGAGCUGCUACUAGGCUCUAUGUUAUAGCCCCCUAGUAGCGAAAAGCGCCGGAUUUUUGGCGGCAAAAAAAUGAUUAAAGUCUUGCUUUAACUAGCUAAAGUUGUUUUGUCUCGAUAUUUUUGACCAAAUAGUUGGAUUUUACUAAAACAAUUAUUACUCUCGCCCUCAUGGCCCAUCCGGCCCAUUCCGGCUCGAGGAAUAAUUGUUAAAUAUUUCAAAAGCCAUGAAGGGAAUGGAUAAUAUGAUAUUUAUAAUUACAAUUGCAAACUUUCCUGAUAGAGAAACCGACCCAGAGCCUGAUCCUCCCUUUUUCACGUCACAUGCUAUCAAGGCUACAUUUGAUUACCUUACAAGCUGUCAUCCUGGAGGCAAGUCCAUCGUCUCGGUACUUUGCACUUCAAAGGUAUUUGUAUUUAUUUUAUUUUCUCUGCUCGAGACAAUGCAGUCAUUGUAGUGAUUUACUUCACAAAAAGCUGGUUGAAAUUGAUAGAUGAAUCAAAAGCUCUCGACCUGGCACUUAAACUUAUUAAUGUGUAAAAAUUUGUAUUAAUUGUCCAUUUUUUCUUUGAUGAGCUUUGCAAAGCCGUAAGGCAACACAUUUUCUUUUCUGUUUUCACGUUGACUCUUUAACUCCCAGAAGUGAUUGUUAUGUAACUUCUCCUUAAAUAUUCAAUACAUUGUCCAACAGAUAAAUGGUGAGAAUAGACAAAUUUAUCAGCCAGAGGAUGUUUAUAUUUAUAUAACCCCAAAUUCUCGUAUUAGAUAUUCAAUAAAAACUAUAGCAACCUCUCUUUUUUUUCAGGACAGCAUUCAGAAAAUUUUAUUGGCGCUUACAUCUCGCAUUGCUGAGUCCCACCUUAUUCACGAAAAGAGAAGAAUUUUAUCAAUGUAUCGACUUUUCGUGUGGCUUCUGCUAAAAGACUUAGCCCAAGGGUUAAGGAACAACUGGGCUUUUUUCAUUCGAGAUGUUAUCCAUUCUUUGCUGAGAAUUAUCAACGAGGAGAAAGAACUUGAAAAACGUCCGAAGCAGCACACUCAGGAAAUUCAACUUGUCGUAGAUAGUGACUUGUUCCUACCAUGUUGCAAUCUUCUUUACUAUGUCUGUAAAGCCGCCGUGGAAUGUUGUAGCCAGGUAAGAUGAACAACCGUUCUUUUCAAAGUUUUCCCAUUACUCAAGAGCACAAACCAGGGUUAAAUCAUGUUUCAGUAGGGUUGUGGACCAACAUAACGUGCACUUUCCGUUCAGCCAAAAAUUCUGGAAAUGCCAUUAAGAAGUCAAAUGGAACUGAACAUUUCUGUUCGGGCCGACCGUAAUAUUUGGAACCACCUUUGCAGGUGCUCACUUUGGCUGGUCCUACCAGUCGGACCGAAAUGUCCCUUUCCCUUUCCUUUCCAAAAUGUUUUCCCAGUACCGGUCUUCUGUAUCCUGGUUACAGGUUCUAGAACCAAACGCGCAGGGGCUUGGGUACAUUGGGCACGUGGAAUCUUCUUCACGUUUGUCCAUCCGUGCCCUCUUUUUGUAUUGGUUGGUUACUGAUACCUUGUUUUAACGUUUUGAUUUGGUGGUAGUUCCCACUGUAUCUUUUUUUAAUUGCGUUACACAGCUCCUUUAACCCUUGUUUUUACCAUGGGAUCUGAGGGUCUCUCGUUGUACGUUCACCUUUACAUAAUAUGACUUAGUUAAUCUAUCAUUGAUUAUCUACAAGAAACUAUUUUGUCUAAUGUAGGAGUUAAGCAGUCAUCUUCAUGUUAUCGUAAGCACCUUAACUCCAUAUGCCUUGGGUGAAGGAGAGAGAGCAGAACAGGUAAUUUGCACAUAUUAACUUGGAUGUUAAGCCUCCACCAGGUCUUAUUUUACAAAACGAAUCACUCAGAUACCAGAGUGAGCAGAGUACAGAGUGACACCCACCUUUGUGGGUUUCACAUUUGAUCAGCAUGUAGUUGGUACAACUAAAAAAAAGUGCCGUCCGGUAGUCCGGGACAAAAAAGUUUUUUUUGGUGGGCAAGUAACAACUUUAAAAGCUCACUUGCCCAAUGCGCAAGGGUCCAGGCAACUCAUCUUCUAACAGUAUCAUUACCCAAGACUAACAAGAAGUGGCCCCGGGCAAGCAAAAUGUGAGAGAUCAGUAUCCUCUUAGGUGAUCUAACGCUUGUUGUCAUCAUGCCGUCAAACGAUGUCAGAAUAGAAUGGAUUACAAUCGAGGAUAGUGUCUACUAGAGCAAGCUUGUGGAAUGGGCAAGGGUCCAGGCAAGUCAUCCUUUAACGAAAUCAUUACCCAAGACUAGCAAGAAUUGGCACCUGGCCAGCAAAAUGUGAGAGCUGCUUGCCCAAAGGACAAGCUGGAAUUCAAUGUUUUUCGAGCCCAGUGUGUAUAGCAGUCUAACUGUCCCUCAGCAAUGUAGGCGUUUCGGUGUGGGUACCCUUUUUGAUCAUUAUCCUCUUAGGUGAUCUGACGCUUGUUGUCAUCAUGCUGUCAAACGAUAUCCGAGUAGAAUUGAUUAAAAUCGACGUUAGUGACUGCAACAGCAAGCUUAAGGUGUGACUCAUUGCUGUGUUGAUUUUCAUACAGGCUUUUCAAUUGCUGAACUUCUUGAUAUUGGACUCAAGUAAAGACUUACGUGACACUAUUAGGUGUCUCGAUCCAUUUCCAGACACUAUGGAGUUCAAAAAAAUCAAUAAGACCCAUAAGCAGUUAAAGAAAGAUCGAACUUCAUUACUUGAGGUAAAAGCUUUCAAGUUAUCUAGAGACAAAACAAAACGCAUAUUCGUCCUUGUGGCUUACUUGUGUUUACCUAUUAUCGUCAUCGUCAUCAUCAUCAACGUCAUAAGCAUCGUCAUCACCGCUAGCCUGAGUAAUAUCAUUGAACUUAUGUCGUCACUCUAAGCAUCCUUACAAACUUGGACAUCGCACAGUUAAUGAUGUUUCAUUAUUGUUUCAAACAAUUACGAAUGUUGAAUAGUGAAACUUUGUUCAUAUGUUCAUGUUUUCAUUUAUUUGCUUAUUGUCCAAUAAAAUAGGGAGGAUGAACAAGUUCGUGUUUUACCUAGGUGCCUCAAAUAUCCUCUAUAGACCUAUCAUUUGCCGUCUUUAUGCAAGUUUCAAGUGGGUUCUCAGAAUGCCUAUAAAUCUACCUUGUUAAUGCUCACUUUCCUCUCCUUCGGAUACUUGAGGCAACCCUAUCCUAUGCUAGGCUUUAUGGAUUGAUUUUCCUUGAAUUUUUUAUCUCUUCGUUAUCAGGAAAUUACCCACUUUCUGUCCGCGGAUUCACACUCGUCUCCUGAGACUAGACUGGAGGGCUUGAGGCUGCUAAAGGCAUCAAUAAUUAAAAACAAGCACCAGCUGGUGGAUCUUGUUGAGAGGACGGGAGGUGAUGAAGUUUUACUAAGAGGAACCAAACAAUACCGUAACCGUAUUCACUUUAGGUUUUGUUCGCAGCAAUCAGUUGCGCGACUACAUAUAGCCAACAUAAAGGGCCCGUUCCUUACAAUAAAAGGUAUUUGUCAUAUUCACAUCUAAUCUGUAGAUGAACGGUUACGCUUGGGUAUUAUCUGGAUAUACGGUAAAGUAGGUACCUGUUAAAAAAAUAAAAUAAAUAACGAUUUAGAGGUAGCACAUCCACAUAGUGGUUCUUCCUUUACCAUUUCUGGUCGAAUUGGAAUUUGGAAAUGUUGGCUAUUGAGAGGAGGGGAGGGGAGGGGAGAAACCUCUCAGAUUGAAGGAGACCCAGGUCACAUGGGUGGGAGGCGAGUUCUCUCACCAAUGCGCCACCCUUGCUCCCCAUAAUGACACUUCAACAACAACAAAACAACAACACACUGUAUUAGGAACACUUCAAUAAUACAAUAGAGUUUCAUGUUUAAUGUUCCCCCUCAAACAGAAGAUCUAUUCGAGGUGGGGGAAGGCGAAAAAAGAGAAAUAAAUAUCAAUGCUAUAAGAAACAUAAAAGAAAAAACUAUCAAAAGAACAAAACCCGAAAGAGACGUUUCCUAUGUUUUUAUUUUUGUUGUUGUUUUUACUACUCUCUAGUCGCAAGUAGCAAGCCGUCAUCCAGUACUGUUGCUGACCUUGUUCACGGGCUUAUCAAGCUUGGUUCUGUGUUAAAGUCGUGUGAAGAAGACCAGGCUAAGGCUGUGCAGUGUGAAGUGGCAACCUGCCUGGGAGAAAUUGGAGCUGUAGACCUAUCAACUGUUUCACUUAGAUGUAAAGAUGCAGAAACAGGUAAUUAAGAGUGCAUUUGUUUGCGUUCUCUAAUAAUGGCCUUAUACCAGUAUAGGGUACGCUUUUCAAUUUUUGUACGAAUGGAAACGCUAGAAAAAUCUCAUUUGAAGCUCAAUUGGCCUGCUUUUUUCUGUUUGAUAUGCAUGCAGUUGACAAAGUUAAGUUUAAUUGAUAUUCUCUACGUGAAGGCCAAUUAUUUGGUUGAUGGAUUUGCAGGGAAAACCAUCCAUUCGGAAGUGGGAUCUUUUUUUGUGUUAACACUUUAAAUCAGGACCUCCUUACGGAGAAAAUAAGCCAGGGUACUCUUGUGAAUAUUGAAAAUUUCCAUUGAAUCAAAAGUUUGUUUCUGCAAAACCUGAAAAUAGUUGCCAUUUGUUCAAGAGAUGUAAAGCGCUGUUCUACGGACGAAUACAUUUUACUGGGGAUAUGUGUUCACUAGACCAUUGCCUUAACUUCUGAUUGGUUCGUUGGGUUGUCCAUGCCUGUUGCCAUUGGCUACCGAAGCAUUCACGAUGAGGUCAUUUGACUUCAAAAUCAAGAGGCCAUUUUGUUUUCCUUUCAUAUUUAAAUUUAGCAAUCUACUGAGGUCUCAAAAUCAAUAGCCCUAAUUGCGCAAGAAAAUACGAUUCUGAACGAUUCUAGUACGUUAAUUAAAAUGACGCCAUCUAGCAAAAGACCUGUUACUUAAGUUUUAGGUAAAUAACGCUAAUUUCAAAAACCACUGCAGUCAAAAGGUUUUAUCGUUUUUUUCUUUUCAGAUUCCUUAGCUGGCAAUUCUAUAAGUCAAAGAAAUUCUACUAUUGUGCGCCUUUUAAAUUCCUAUCUUGUAGACAAAAGGUAAGGCAUUUGUGUUUAUUCCGAUAUUGAUAUUUUCAUUUAGUUGCUACAUACUUGAUGCUGCAUAGUUUGCUCGUGUUUUUUUUAAAAUAUGUUUUCUGAAAUGGUGUAAUGAAUUGUUGCUUGUCGGGUUAUGUUCACACUAUACUGGAUAGCUCUCAGCCUCCUCCUCAGGAAGAGGCGAGCCCCAAACAAGUGACUGGUGCUGAACUGCAAGAGACCAUUGGAAGGGUACAGACGGCAGGCGAAGCGCCGUCUCGCCCGUUGUCUCCUUCCCGCCUUCCUUCCCGCGCACAUUUUCAUUAAAAGAGAGACGUCUGGGUACGAGGCAGGGGUAGCUCCAGCGCCGGCACGAAACCCAUUUACCGGAUAGGCUUCUGUUCACACACACGAAACGUGUUUUGGCGCAAUUUCUGUAACGGAGCGAAGCUACGCCGCGCCGAUCUCGAAAGUAGAACGUAACAUAGCGAAAAGGUUCUGUGCCACAGAACAGUUAUUCGGCCAUAGCGUAAGUGAAUAAAAAGGAGCGAGGACUGGAACCUGCUGAGACGGAAGUUGAUAUUUAGAAGUAAGAACUGGGAUUUAGUUCACCAAACCCUCUCAGCUAACCGCUCCGGCACGAUAUCGACCACUCCAAAAAACACCGUAACAUACGAUAAUGCUCUUUGUUGUGAACCCAAAAUUCUGCAUAAGCAUUUUUUUUUUUAGUUUUUUUUUGGGGCCAUUUUAACUCCCACGAGAAACUGAAAACAAUGCUUAUGCAAAAUUUGGGGGUCACAAACAAAGAGCAUUAUGGUAUGUUAUGUAUUUUCUGGAGUGGUUAAUUCGCUGUGUGUGAACGACUUGUUCCAGUUCGGUGCCGUCGCUGUUCAUACUAUACCGGAUAGCUUUUCAUGUCGGCACGAAGAACUCUCCGGGGUAGUGAAAACAUAGCCUUAUUUUACGUAUUCCUUUUUCGUCAGAAGAAUGGAAGUUUAACUAUUAUUAACCUGUAUUCGCUUGGAGAAACUUCCCUCUGGGCAUUUUACUGGUGGCAUUGUCUGACUGGACUGAGUUAUAUUGAUUUCGGCCGUUUUCAACCUAGAGACAGGUGGGACAAUCCAUGCUAUUGCACUGAAAAGAACCGCCAGCAGCUUGUUAAUGUUGGCUGUUAAUUUUGGCUUAGGGGAGGGGCAGGUGGGCAGUUUUCCAGAAACCUAACUUGAUAACCCAAACGAGUACUCUUAAUAACGUUUUUAUUAUGGUUACAGUGUUCAAGUUGUAACCGCUGCUGCUUCAUGCUUAAAGCAAAUUCUUGCAACGGAAUCAGGACUUCAGCUUCUAAAGAGAUUUGAGGAGUUGAAACAAGAACAGCUCUUGUGGUACCUUGAGCCUUUCAGACCGACCAAGAAAAGACGGGCAAGUUUAUAAUAAAAAGAUAAAGUAGUCAGAUUGAAACUAAAACGUAUAAAUGACUUGUAUAUCUGACAUAUCUAGUACACGCGUCUCCUCCAUCUGUGGUUUGGUCACUAAUAGACCUUUCCUGCAUUCCGCUCCAGUAAGCAAACACAAAGAAUUCUUUGUUUGCAACCACGUGACAAGGCGGCCAUGUUGGGGUCAAUACAAUAGGAUUUUUUGUCGAAGAAUUAAAAUCAAAAUAGACUUCAGAAUUUCUUUUGUUCUUGACCACUAACAUGGCCUCCGUGACGUCACUUGCAAACGAGCAGCUGAGGUCAAGGCUUGGGUGGACAAUAAAGAGCUUUAGAUUGGAGGACGAGGACGACAUUUAAUCUUCAGUGUUCUCGCCUAUUCUGUUAUAAUAAACACUUCGAAGAGCUUCAUUCUAGUUUAUUUCACCACAAAAGUUAGUUCGCUUAUUUCCGUUGAAGAAGUUGACGCCCUCUCCCGAUCACUAAAAGGAUAAAAUUCCUCACAUUUGGUAAUUUUUUCCUGCCACUACGACAUUCUCGCUAAAACUCGUAGUAGAAUGACGAUGGCUAUCAUAUUUUCCCGCCAAAAUGACGUUGGUUCGCGCCCGCGCACUACUUAGUAUUGAGAAAAUCUCGUUCUCGUUGUUGGGUAUUUAACUUUGAGGGCGUAAGGACGUUUGAAUGACGCGAGUGAAUAUAAAUGAAACCACCGCAAUAUGUAUAGAUGCUGUAGUUAAUUUUUUAUCGUAGGUAAUUUUUAUUUUCCUUUGUUUCAACUUUAUUAGCAUACAUUAUCAUACCCAAAAUCAAAAGAUAAACAGAAAUUACCUGGAAUAAAAAAUUAACUACAACAUAUACACUGAAAACCAUGAUAAAUACUUUUUUCCUGUUCCUGUUCAGACACCCGGUGGCGCGUCUGCUAUGGAAGUAAUAUCUGAUGUUAAGCUAGAUGACGCAAAUUUAUGGAUACCAGGCCUUGAUGGCCAAGAAUACAGUCACGAACAGUGGAUAACCAAACUGGCCUGUACUUUGAUCGAAAGUGGACUUGUCAAAGACGAAGUGCUGUUUGUUUUGUCUCCUAUUUGCAAAACAAAGGUAUUUCGAUUUUCUUAUUGUGAAAUUUACGGCAUUAAGAGUAUUUCCUAG